AUGCAAAGGAAUGACUACCAAAAGAUCUCCACCGAGGAAGGUGAAGCAAAUCACGUCGGCAUUUUAUCCUUCCUUUUCUUUCGGUGGAUGAACCAUGUUAUCAAGACAGGCAGUAAACGAGCUUUAGAGCAAAGUGACUUUUUGCCGCUUACCCAAGAAAACUCAGCAUCUUCAUUGACCGAAAAGCUGCAGACUAGAUGGAAGGAAGAAAAAGCGAAAGGCGAACAAAAUGGAAAGAGGCCGAAAUUCUGGAAAAGCGUUUUAAAGUUGAUUUCAGUUAAAGAUGUCUUAAUCAUCAUGUUCACAGGAAUUUUAGAGUCGUGCUGUCGGAUCUUCCAACCGCUAUUUCUCGGCUAUUUGAUUUCUUCUCUGAUGGCAACCACAGAAUCGAGGAAUGAUCUUCUUCUUUACGCCUGCGCAGUAGCUAUGGGUGUCAAUGCUUUGAUUAAAAGCCUCUGUGUGCAGCACUUCUGCUUCAGAACUGAAGUGCUGGGUGUCAGACUCACUAGCGCAAUUAAAGGCGUAAUCUAUCGAAAGAUCCUUCUCCUCAGCAAGCAAACAUUGAUGACGUAUACCACAGGACGCGUCGUCGACCUGGUGUCCAAUGACGUACAAAGAGUGGAAGAAGCCAAGUGGCCUUUCCGCCUAGUCAUAUCAACAAUUGACGUGACAGUUGUGACAGCUUUACUCUGGUACUUGAUUGGCUGGCAAACGCUUAUGGGCGUGGCUUUUCUGAUCUUUCUCGUCCCAUACUUUGGUCUCCUAUCUUUUGCUGCGGGCGUAUUGCGCCUGCGCACUGCCACCGUGUCCGAUCGCCGAAUCUCCCUGAUGAACGAGAUCCUGUCUGGCAUCCGUGCUAUCAAAACGAACGCGUGGGAGGAUGAGUACCGCAGAAAGAUAAAAGCAGCACGGAGGUAA